AUUUGAUAUUAAUAAACUUUAGUUUGUUGCUUGGAUACAGGAUGGCAACUUGGUAAUCGAUUGAAUAAUGCAACAGUAUCGUUACACACACUCUAUACACCCUCCAUUCAUUUUCCUCUCUCUUUUUUAAAACUCUCUCUUUUCUCUUUAAACAACAUUACCAUGGAAGCAUUUCUUAGCACUUUGCCUCCUUAUGUACAUAAAUUUCUUGAUAAAUACCCACCUACGGACGUAUUUAAUCUUUUGAGAGAACUCAUAUGUUUUGCUGUUCUCUAUUCUGAGGAUCGUGAACGUAUAAAGGCUGCAACGGAAGAGUUUUUGGCUAAACGAGAAAAUGAAGAAAUCGAACAAGAAGAAGACAAGGAAGAAGAUAAAGAAGAACAAGAACAAGAAGAAGAAGAAGAAGAAGAAAUUGAGCAACAGGUACCUAUCCAGCACAACAGCAUAAUAGUUCCUCCAAAAGAACCUUCGGAAGAAAAGAAACAAUCUAAAAUGCCAAACACAUUUCCUGAAUGGUGGGGUCAUCAAGAGUUUGAACCACCAGAAAAGAAACCGUUGACAAAGACGGCUUCUUUAUGGGUCUCUCUCGACCACGAGGAAAAACAAAUUAAACGUGCAUCAAGUCAAGUAGUUAUACCCAACCUUCGUUCUUAUAUCGAACCUACUUCUUCUCCAAAACAAAAGACAGUAAAGGAAGAACAAGCUAAACCAGCCGCUGCAAAAUCACCUGCAAGAUCGCCUCAACGAUCCCCUUCUGUAAUCAAACCACCUAAACAGACUGCAGCUGUUCGUGCAAGAGCAGAGCAUGCUAAACAGCUACAACAAGAACUAUUACAAAAGAAGAAAGUGGCAGAAACGUCAUCAAGUCCAACCAGCCAACGAUUGAAACAAAGAGUGAAUUCAGGUAUAGAUUGGGAUACGAUUAAAAAGGAUAGAAGGAAAACGGUAGCGACGGCUACUCUAUCAGAGCAUCAGAAAUGAGAAGCAUGAAGCUUUAUUAUUAUAAAAAAAAAGAGUUGGGAGAUGAUA